AGAAUCGGCGGUGCCUCAUUCCCAGUUAAUGUCAACACUGAGAGCGGAGCAGGAAGGUUUCCACUUUAUUGUUCGCUUGGUUUGUGGGUGUACGGGGAGGAGGCGGGCUUGAGGACCCGGAGGAGGAGCCGCUGAAGGAGCGUCCAAAGCGAAGGAGGAGGAAAUAGAGAGAGACUGAGGCCGGAGCCUGGAGCUGGCAUUGGGCAGAGAACCAGGAUUUGAACCGUGGUAGCGGUGGCGGCCAGGCCGAGAUGCCGAGCCCGCCCCGCUCUCCGUGAGAGUUGACUGAGAGAUGCCGAGAGGCCGGCCAGCCGCGCAGCGCAGCCCGGUCUUCCCUUAGCCCCUCUCCCCCUCACCCUCCAGCCCGGGGCCGUGCAGAGUUAGCGGGGGCGAUCGCUGUUCAAAACCUUUCCUUUUCCCCCCCCUCCUUCACCUUACUCCUUCCCGGUCAGUCUGUGUCCUCGAACAAGGCGAGGCCGCCGUCUCAACCGUCCCCCCCCCCGCAUCAUGGUUUACUUGAUGGGAACCAUGCUUACUAUCCAUCCACUUGAGAACUUGAGGGUGUACAUCAGCAACCGUCCUCCACUUGUGGUGUUUAUGAUUAGUGUCAGUGCAAUGGCCAUCGCUUUCCUGACAUUGGGUUACUUUUUCAAAAUAAAAGAAAUCAAGUCUCCAGAAAUGACUGAGGACUGGAAUACUUUCCUGUUGAGAUUUAAUGAUCUGGACUUGUGUAUAUCUGAGAAUGAAACUUUAAAACACCUCAUUAAUGAAACUACCACCCCAGAGAGCACAGUAACAAGUGGACAAAUGCGAUCUUCCACACAAUCCCCAUCAGUUCUGGAAGAUCCUGGACCAAUAAAUAUUUCGGUCUCUAUAACACUCACAUUGGAUCCUCUAAAACCUUUUGGCGGAUACUCUCGCAAUAUUACCCACCUUAGUACAACUAUAUUUGGACAUCAGAUCGGACUGACAGGCCAUGAAUCACAUGAAGAAAUGAAUAUUACAUUUACUCUGCCAACUUCCUGGAAUUCCGAUGAAUGUGUACUCCAUGGCCACUGUGAGCAGAUGGUUUACACAACAUGCAUGACCAUUACAGCCACAGCUAAUGUUUUUCCUGUCACAGUCCAGCCACCACAUUGCAUCCCUGAAACAUUCAGUAAUGCUACCGUCUGGUAUAAAAUCUUCACCACAGCUAGAGAUGCAAAUACAAAAUAUUCACAGGAUUACAACCCAUUUUGGUGUUACAAAGGAGCAAUUGGGAAAGUGUAUCAUGCACUUAAUCCUAAACUAACGGUCAUUGUGCCAGAUGAUGACCGUUCACUCAUUAAUUUGCAUUUGAUGCAUACCAGUUACUUCCUGUUCGUCAUGGUGAUUACAAUAUUCUGCUAUGCGGUUAUUAAAGGACGGCCAGGGAAAAUACGACAAAACAAUAGUGAAUUCUGUUCAGAAAAGGUUGCACUAUCAGAAGCAUAAAUCGCCCUCAUUACUGGAAGUGGACAGGUUGUAGCAUUUGCACGUUGAACCCAAAAUUAUGGGUGUUGACACUUUUGAUUCCAGUGUCCUGCAACGUUGGUUUAUUCCAACCAAAGACAUUUUAAGUGCCUGUAUUUACUUUGUACAUAUUUGUAAUAAUAUAUCCAAAACCAGUCUGUCGAUGCACUUGUGCCACAUGCUAAUUGCGAUUUUUAAAAAAAAUUAAAGACAAAAAAGUUUGCGACCAUACCCAGUCUAGAUGUAUAGAAAGAAGGUUCAUGAAGAUUAACCAUGAUUUCAGAAGCAUUACUUUUCUGUUGAGGAUUUUUGAACUCUUUUGAGGCUUUGAGUUGCAAAAAUACUUUUUAAAAAUAAACCAGUAACGUGUAUCAAAUGUGUAAAUAAUGUGUUGGAAAUAUGUGCUGUAGUGGUAUAUGCUGCAUUUCUGACACCAAUGAUCUGUUAAGUAUUUGAAGUUGAUGUGUAUAUGUAGUUCAGCACAAUUAUUAUCUCUUGUUAAUGCUUGACUGAAAAGGCAUUAAACCUUUUGGAACAUUGAAGAAGACAAAUGUAUAUUAUAAAGCAUUUCAGUACCGCUUGAGCUUGCAGGAAAUGUAUACGGAACUCAUUGUGUAAUUUACUAUACUGCUGUCCAGCAUAAGUGCUUGCUUAGACAUGCCAGUGUUGGCUGUAUUAUGUGUAUGGCUUGCUGGAAUACUGUACACAAUUUCUUCCACCUUUUCUCUCCUAUGUACAGACCUCUCUCCCCUCUUCCCAAUCCAACCACUUCCUUAGUCAAACUCUAUUUGCAUGUGUAGUAUUGUGUGCAAACUGGUCCACAAAAUUGCCUUAAUCUCAAUCUUUCUAUUGGCCUUAUUUUUGUCUUUUCUUGUUUUGUUAAUACCCCCUUCACAACUUCUUUUGUUGAAUUCACAUUGUUUAUAAUGUUUGUAGUGAUUGUUAAAUGAAAGGAAUUCAAAGCUAUCAUAAAAAGCUUAAAAUGAGAGUUUCAGAACUUUGCUCCCCAAGGAGUAAAGUGGCACUUAUUUAAAAAAAAAUUGAUAAAAUUGAUCAGAGGUCUCAAUUUUAGACUACACUUAUCAUUAAUUCGGUGUAUUUCUGUGGAGUAAAAGAUUUUUUUUGAGUUCCUUGAUCCCUUUCCAGUUAUUUCAUUGUUUUGAAAUGAGCCUUAUUUAUUGAAUUAAACCAGAAUGAAACAAAUCUUCUGACGAUAUGCUGGUAACAAUGGAUCCAAACAGUGGUGAAAAGCAGUGAAGAAUGUGGGGGGGAGAAAAUCUCAGUUUUUGAUUACUUUGGGUAUUACACUUCUACUUCCCCAAGCAACUUUCUGUUAAUAUUUACGUGACACAACUAAAAAUUUUUGAGUUUGGAAAAUGAAAUGUACUUCAUUUUGCGAAACAGACUUUCAGAUAAGCAUGUGAUUGGUUGUAUUGGUACUCAAGUAUGCUGAGAUCAAAUAGUCUGAAGUUGUGUUUUUUAUUCCUUCCUGAUUCAGUUAGAAGCCACCUCAGCACUACAAAUAAAACAUAGAAUGCAAAUUAGGCUUGAUUCAAAAUACAAGUAUGUCAGCCCUGACUAGAAUUGCAACUUAUUGCAGUUUCUGACUAGUAUGUUAAAUAUUCCAUAGCAUACAUGUUGUGCAUCUGUGGAAGUUGCUUAUUUUCCACUCCUGUCUCCUAAUUUGAAUGUGGAGAUGUAUUGAUUCCGAGCUAUUGCAUAAACUGAGAUUGCCUCUGUAAAUGUGAUUUUUAACCGUAGUCAUGUUGCCUCAAAUCUCAGUUCAUUGGCAAAGUGCCUGAGCACUGUUAGAAUGCCCCAUAGUUUGUUUAGAAAGGGAAAUCUUUUUGUGACUUGUGUUGCUUGUUGUCUUGUUGCAUGAUUGUAAUCAUAACACAUUAUUUUAUGACAAUCUCUGGUUUCUGGAAUUUCUGUGCUUUUUGGUAAAAUUUGCAUAUGCUUUUGCUGAAUAAAAGGAUCCAAUGAUUAAAAGUGUCAUUUACCUCAA